CGCGCGAGCAAAAGAAGGCACGUCGAAACACCGUUGAAAGGGAGCGAAAUUGCCCAACGGUCCGAGGCAGGACGAUAAAUUUCAUGAUUCUGGUUUCAGUUUCUGUUCGUGAUUCCCGCGGAAAUUUCCUUCCGAUCUACCUUCAUCGCCGGACAUUUCGCCGGGGCCUGGCAUUUCUGUGUGUUGAGUUUUUACGCUAGCCAGAGUUCUUGAUUGUUUUUCCAUGGAUCUACUGCGAUCGGAGCCGAUGCAGUUUGUGCAGCUGAUCGUUCCUAAUGAAUCGGUGCACCGGACGGUUUCCUAUCUCGGCGACCUCGGUCUCUUCCAAUUCAACGAUCUCAAUGCAUCUAGAAGUCCAUUCCAGCGAACGUAUGCUGCUCAGAUUAAAAGAUGUGGGGAAAUGGCUCGCAAGCUAAGGUUUUUCAGGGAGCAAAUGGCAAGGGCUGGUUUAUCUCCGUCAUCAAAUUCUCUAGCGGUUGCUGAUUUUGAUCUGGAUAAUUUGGAGGUUAAACUUGGAGAAUUUGAGGCAGAAUUGUUAGAGAUAAAUGGCAACAAUGAGAAGUUACGACGCAAUUAUAGUGAGCUGUUGGAAUAUAAGCUUGUACUUCAGAAGGUUGGGGAGUUUUUCCAUCUAGCUCAAAGCAUAGCUGCAGCUCAGCAAAGAGAACUGGAAGUGCAACAAAACGGGGAAGGGUCCAUCGACAGUCCUUUACUAUUGGAACAAGAAAUGACAACGGAUUCAACGAAACAAGUUAAGCUAGGUUAUAUCAGUGGUCUAGUUCUGAGAGAAAAGUCAAUGGCUUUUGAAAGGAUUUUGUUCCGUUCAACUAGGGGCAAUGUGUAUCUAAGGCAAGCUGUGGUUGAUGGUUCCGUCACUGAUCCUGUAUCUGGGGAGAAGGUCGAGAAAAAUGUGUUUGUCAUAUUUUAUUCCGGAGAGAGAGCAAAGAAUAAAAUUCUGAAAAUAAGCGAAGCUUUUGGCGCAAACCGUUAUCCAUUCACUGAUGACUUGGGCAAACAACUUCAGAUGAUUACAGAGGUGUCUGGAAAACUCUCUGAAUUGAAGACUACCAUUGAUUUGGGGCAAGUGCACCGAAGUAAACUCUUGCAGAUGAUUGGCCAUCAAUACGAGCAGUGGAAUCUUUUGGUAAAGAAGGAAAAGUCUGUUUACCACACUUUGAAUAUGCUCAGUGUUGACGUAACAAAGAAAUGCCUUGUAGGUGAAGGUUGGUGUCCUGUUUUUGCAACAAAUCAGAUUCAAAAUGUGAUCCAGAAGGCUACCUUUGACAGCAAAUCACAGAUUGAGGCUAUCUUUCAUGUUCUGCAAACGAAGGAAGCACCACCAACAUAUUUCCGCACAAACAAAUUUACUUCUACAUUUCAAGAAAUUGUGGAUGCAUAUGGGAUUGCUAAGUAUCAGGAAGCAAAUCCUGGGGUCUACACGAUUGUCACCUUUCCGUUCCUUUUUGCUGUAAUGUUCGGAGAUUGGGGCCAUGGAAUAUGCUUGUUGCUGGCAACAUUAUAUCUUAUAAUAAGGGAGAAGAAAUUUUCCAGCCAGAAACUUGGAGAUAUCGUGGAAAUGACUUUUGCGGGCCGUUAUGUUAUCAUGAUGAUGGCACUUUUUUCAAUCUACACAGGACUGAUUUAUAAUGAAUUUUUUUCUGUCCCAUUUGAAUUGUUUGGGCCUUCUGCAUAUGGUUGUCGUCAUACUUCAUGCAGGGAUGCCACUACCAUAGGUUUAAUAAAGGUUCGUGAUACAUAUCCAUUUGGUGUGGAUCCUAAGUGGCAUGGCACUCGAAGUGAAUUACCUUUUCUCAACUCGUUGAAGAUGAAGAUGUCGAUUCUACUGGGAGUUGCUCAAAUGAAUCUUGGAAUUAUAUUGAGCUACUUCAAUGCGAAAUUCUUUGAAGAAAAAAUUAACAUCUGGUACCAAUUUGUUCCGCAGAUGAUAUUCUUGAACAGCUUAUUCGGCUACCUCUCGCUUCUCAUAAUUGUAAAAUGGUGCUCUGGAUCUCAAGCUGAUCUGUAUCACGUAAUGAUAUAUAUGUUCUUGAGUCCUACAGAUGAUCUAGGUGAAAAUGAGCUUUUUCCAGGACAGCAGUUUGUUCAGGUUCUUUUACUUUUGGCUGCCCUCACUGCCGUGCCAUGGAUGCUGCUUCCGAAGCCUUUUCUGUUGAGGAAACAGAAUGCAGAAAGGCACCAAGGUCGAUCCUACUCCCUACUUCACGGCACGGAUGACAAUCUUGAAACAAAACAGCACCACAGUUCCCCCAGCCACGAUGACUUUGACUUCAGCGAGGUCUUUGUACACCAACUUAUACAUACCAUAGAGUUCGUACUUGGUGCAGUUUCUAACACAGCAUCUUAUCUACGUCUAUGGGCCCUCAGCCUAGCCCAUUCGGAGUUGUCGAGCGUAUUUUACGACAAGGUUCUACUCCUAGCUUGGGGGUUCGACAGUUGGAGCAUCCGAAUAAUAGGAAUAGCAGUUUUUAUAUGUGCAACUGUGGGAGUUUUACUAGUGAUGGAAACUCUGAGCGCAUUCCUACACGCUUUGAGGCUCCACUGGGUGGAGUUUCAGAACAAAUUCUAUGCAGGAGAUGGAUUCAAAUUUUCCCCUUACUCCUUUUCUCUGCUUCGGGAGGAGGAUGAGUGACACCAUAUUUUUGAAGCAUGGUCUGAUACUCAACUCCUAGUUGAAAAUCAUGAGGUUAGUUCCAAAGACUUAUUUUCAAUUAUUUCAAGUUUUGUUGACAUUAUUAAUUUUUGUACCUGAAGUGUUUGUCCACACUCACACACCUACACAAUAAUGUUUGAAUAUAAUAUAAAUGACCGUUAAUAAAAGUA